AUGGACUGCCGCCCCUUCCACCGCACCGGCGCAGACGCCCAGCGCCUCAAGGCCGCGGCCUUCGAUGACGAUCAGGGCGCGCACGACCGCGUCCGCCGCCGCUACAGCUACGACGACCUCGGGGGCGACUCGGGGCGGCCGGAGGACCUGGGGGCGGCGGUUGGUAGCUUCCUGGAUUCCGAGUGCAAGUGCGCGUUCUGGCUGGCGCCCGAUGGCACGAAGCUGGCGCCGCCGCCGGCGGUGCGCGCCCAGAGAUGA